AGCGUCUGGGCAGCAGUGGAGCAGAAAGACGAGCGCUUCGCUAAGGGGAUUUAUUACCCAGCACACUGUGGAGCGCCCACUCAAAUAUCUGCACGUAUCCCCAGACGUCCUUGGAAGGAUCAGGGCUGAGAACCAGGAGGACUGACAGACCAGAUCUGAAUCUAGAGAGCUUGAGACCCAUCCAGGAUGUGGAAGAAGUCGAAGGUCACCGAUCAGACUGCCUCUGGGCAGGGGGUAGGAGGUGCAGAGGGGGGGCUGACCGAAGAGAAAGGAAUCAAAAAGAGGUCCAAAGUCCCCGGGGUGAUGAUCACCCAGUUUGUGGAGGAGAUCCCAGAGGGGAAGAGCCACCCUGACUUCACCCGCAAGCCCAUCGCUCUCACCAUCCAGGAGGGUAAAUUAGCUAUCUUCAAAGCUAUCGUGAUCGGGGACCCUCAACCAGAGGUGACAUGGAGCAGAGCUAACGGAGAAAUUACAGACAAGGAGAAGUUCCAGAACAAAUAUGAUGAUGUGUCCCAUGAACACACGCUUGAGAUCCCUAAUGUCACUUCAGACGAAGCAGAUACAUAUAAAUGCUUUGCUACGAAUGAAUAUGGAAAAGCUGUUUGUACCGUCGUCUUGAAUAUUAUUGAAGUUGGAUUCAAAAAAAAGAAGGAAAUGAAAAAGACAGAAGAAGGUUCUGCGGAGCCUGUAGAGUUCAGGAAAAUUUUGAAGAAACGGGAUGGAACUCGUGAGGAGAAACCGAUGGAGUCAGAAGAGAAGGUCUGGGAGAUUCUGCUCAGCGCAGACAAGAAAGACUACGAGAGCAUCUGUGCUGAAUACGGCAUCACUGACUUCCGUGGCAUGUUGAAGAGACUGAAGCAGAUGAAAAAAGAGAGAGAGGAGGAGAUAGCGCAGUUUGUUGAAAAGAUCGGUAAGCUGAAACCCAUUACAGUCUCGGCUGAAGAUUCUGCAUCCUUUGAGAUCGACAUGGACCUGAAAGAUCCAAGCAGCAGGAUCUUUCUUUACAAAGACGGUGUCAUGGUUCCUUACACCAAAGAACUGGAUCUGGAGCAGAAACACAACUUGAAACAAGUUGGCAAGAAAUUCAUCUUUACAAUCAAGAAUCUGGACCCAAAGGAUGCAGGUCUUUACCAGGUGGACGUGGAGGGAGUCCCUGUCUUCUCUACUGACUUCAAAAUUCCCCCUGUUGAGUUUGCUGUCAAAAUACAGGAAGUGAAGGCGGAGGAGAGGCAAGACGCUCUCUUCCAGUGCGUUCUGACCGUACCGUUGAACGAAAUUACGUGGAUGGGGAAAAACUGCCCUCUGCAGAACGAUGACAAGUUUGAAAUCACUGUUUCUGAGGACAAGCUGAUUCACAAACUGCUGGUGAAGGAUUGCUUGCCUUUGGACUCUGGUAUCUAUGCAGCUGUGGCAGGCAUCAAGUCGUGCAAUGCCUGGCUUAUUGUUGAAGCCGACAAAAACCCUGAAACGAAAGGCAAAAAAAAGGAACGCAAAACGACAAUGGCGGGAGCGAGUGACCUGGAUCUGGAGAAGAUCGCCCAGGAGCAACAGGAAAAGUACAAGAAGGACAUGGAGGCAGCCAUGCUGGCAGCUAAGAAGGCCCAGGCCGACAGGGAGGCAGCUGAGGCAGCCGCAGACGCGGAGGCAGAGGCAGCCAGAGCUGCUGCUAAAGCUGCUAAAGAUGCAGCUAGGGCCGGGGCUGGGGCCGGGGAUGCCUCUGCUGACGCGGCACCAAAGAAAAAGAAAACGACCAAGAAGGUGGUGAAGAAGAUGGUUGCCCCAGCCGCAGAUGGAAGUGCAGGUGCAGAUGGAGCAGCUGAGGGCGGAGCUGCAGGGCAGGCUGGAGCUGAUGGGAUGGUGGAAGUAGAGGUGGAGGUGGAGGUAGAGGAAGAUGACGAAGAAGAGGAAGUGGUUGUGGGGAAAAAGAAGCGAGUGAGGGACGGUCCUCUCAUCCCUGACACCGUCGUAGGAGAAUCUAAUUAUGAUGAUGACGAAACAUCCGAAGAUGUAAAUGAGAAAAAGGGGAAAUCUUCACGUCGUAAAAAGGAGGGUCCACUGCUAAAGGAAGAGACAGUUGACCCUGGAGUCCACUUCCACAGUGGUCUGGAGGACUGCAGCGCCAACGUGGGUGAGCCAGCAGAGCUGGUGUGCAAGCUGAGCAGUGAGGACUGCGAGGGGGUCUGGUACAAAGACGGAGAAGAGAUCAAAUCGUCGGAUGGAAUUACCAUUUCCAAAGAUGGAACCUACCAUAAGCUGAAAAUUCAUAACGUGACAGGGGAAUAUGCAGGGACAUACCGUUUUGAGGCAGACGGAAGGAAGACUGAAUCAACAAUUGUUGUUGAAGACCCACCUAGAUUUGACUCUGAAGGACUGAAGGAAUUUGUAGUUCCAAUCACUGUGAAAAAGGGUCACAAAGCUACCUUUAAGAUGCCUUUUGGGGGCCGCGACCCAGUAAAGAUCCAGUGGUACCUGGAGGGCGAGGAGCUUUCGGAUGAGUCGAACAUCAGGAUUGAGCACACCGAAGGCCAUAGCCGUCUGCUCCUCAACAAGCUGCAGCGCAAAGACAGCGGAGAAGUCAAGAUCAAAAUCAAGAAUGAAUUUGGCACCACAGAAGCUGUCACCCAGCUCAUUGUACUUGACAAGCCCACGCCUCCCAUGGGGCCUCUGGAGAUCAUCGAGGCUUCUCAGAACUGCAUCGACAUCAAGUGGAGAGGACCGAAGGACUCCGGUGGCUGUAAGAUUGACAACUACAUUAUGGAGCGCCAACAAGUCGGACGCAACACCUGGAAGAAGCUGGGGCUGAUAGGGGCAGAGGCCCACUACAAGGACAGCGACGUGGACCACGGCCGGAGGUACUGCUAUCGCAUCCGAGUCGAAACCGAGAUUGGCACCAGCGAGUUAAUGGAGACAGAGGACGUUCAGGCGGGCACGAAAGCCUACCCCGGAGCCCCUUCGGUUCCCAAAGUGGUCAGCGCCUUCAAGGACUGCAUCAACCUGGCCUGGUCUCCUCCCUCCAACACUGGAGGCACCAACAUCCUGGGGUACAACAUGGAGAAACGCAAGAAGGGCAGCAAUCUGUGGGGGCCUGUUAACCCACCAGACGAGCCUAUCAAAGGAAAGACCUUUGGUGUGAAAGACGUGAUUGAGGGCAUGGAGUAUGAGUUCCGUGUGUCAGCCAUCAACAACUCAGGAGCGGGUGAAUUCAGCACCCCAUCAGAGUUUGUUUUCGCCAGGGACCCCAAAAAGCCCCCUGGUAAAGUGAUCGACCUGAAGGUGACAGACUCCACCUACACCACCUUGUGUCUCUCCUGGACGAAGCCCAAGGACAUCGAAAAGGUGGAGGACGAGGCCAAGGGCUACUUUGUGGAGAUCAGACCAGCAGAGAACCCUGAAUGGGAUCGCUGUAACUCCAACGCCAUCACCAUGACGUCCUUCACAGUGAAGGGUCUGAAGUCCAUGGCCAUGUACUGGGUGAGGUUGAUCGCCACCAACGAUGGAGGGGAAGGACAACCCCAAGAACUGGACAACUACAUCCUGGCCAUGCCUCCUCCUGUCAGGCCAAGGUUUACUGACGCCAAAAUCAAGAGCUUCAUGGUGGUGAGAGCUGGGAAUUCAGCUCGCUUCAACAUAAACUUUGAGGCUUCUCCUUGGCCUGAGGUCACCUGGCUGAAGGACAGUGGUCCAGUCUCCAAGCGGGUGACUAUCAGCAACGCUGAAGGUGCUUCUCAGCUGCUAAUCCCCUCCGCUGAGCGCUGCGACACAGGAAUCUACACCAUCAUGGUCAAGAACAUCGUCGGCCAAGAGACCUUCAGCAUUGAGAUCAGAGUCACAGAUGAGCCGAAGCCUCCAGGCCCGGUGGAGGUUGAGGAGAACGUCCCUGGAACCGUGACCGUGUCCUGGACUCCCUCCCCAGACGAGAAGAGAGACGACAGACUUCACUACAUGGUGUCCAAGAGAGACUCCAACAAGAGGCAGUGGAACACGGUGGCAGACCACAUCUUCAACAACAAGUUCACUGCCUGCAACAUCAUGCCAGGCAGAGACUACCAGUUCCGUGUUUACGCCAAGAACGACAUGGGUUCUUCCAAACCCUCAGAGUCACCUAAGUGGUCAAUCACCGGCAAAAAAGAAAAGUUUUUGCUGAACAUGCCGGAGUCCAAGACUUGCAAUCUGGAGCGACCUCCAAAGUUUCUUGUCCCACUGAAAAAGCACACGGCUCCUGAAGGGUACGAGUGCUACAUGAGCUGUGCUGUGAGAGGGGACCCCACGCCCCACGUCACAUGGUACAGGAACAACAUCAGCCUCAACACCAACACCAACUACUACAUCUCCAACACCUGUGGGGUUUGUUCCAUGCUCAUCCUGAGGGUCGGACCCAAAGACACCGGAGAGUACAAGAUCAUCGCUGAGAACCCUCUGGGAAGGGCAGAGUGCGCUACUAAACUCACAGUCAGAGACUGAAUCAACAACAGGGAUGGGAACAGCCUCUUAGGGUUCUAUUAGCAUCAGCA